AUGAGCUCGCCAAAACGCCGGAUCGAAUCAGACGUCAUGAAAUUAUUGAUGAGUGACUACGAGGUGAACUUGGUUAACGACAGCAUGCAGGAGUUCUACGUCAACUUCCCCGGGCCUAAGGACACGCCGUUCGAGGGCGGUUCCUGGAAGGUGCGGGUCGAGUUGCCGGAUCAAUAUCCAUACAAGUCGCCGUCGAUCGGUUUCACAAACAAGAUUUUCCACCCAAACAUCGAUGAGACGUCAGGGUCUGUCUGUUUAGAUGUGAUAAACCAGACAUGGUCGCCGAUGUUUGAUAUUUUCAACGUUUUCGAGACAUUUUUGCCCCAGUUGUUGAUCUACCCCAACGCGGCUGAUCCUUUGAACGGCGACGCCUCUGUUUUGUUCAAUAAGGAUAUUCAAGCGUAUAAUGAGAAGGUCAAGGACUAUGUGAAGAAGUACGCUACCAACGUGUCGAUGGAUGAAGAGGAAGACAACGCCGACGACGAUGGCGAAUUGAGCGACGUGGGAAGUUUUGAUUCCGAUGAAGACAUGGAAGAUGAUGAGGUGGCUGGCCACUUGGAUAUGUAA